GCUGGGUUCAGUGUGGCAGCAGGGGAAACCAGGGAUAUCAGGGAAGAGGAGUCGGUCAAGCCCGGGACGUAAACCGGCAGGAAUCCACACGAAGCUUCGACCUUUCUCCCGGCGUGGACUCCCCUGUCCCCGGACUCCGUCUCCCCCCCCCCGCACACACGCUGCAGGCUGCGGGGCUUCUCUCCGUAGAGCUGAACGGCGACUGACUUCACCUCGCUGAGCUAAGCUGGACUGAGCCGCGUCCACACACCAAAGAUGGAUCAGUUAUCGGAUGAGGAGGUGGAGGUCAGGGAGGGUGAGGAGGAUGAAGAAGAAGACAGUGACAAGGAAGACCAGGACCUCGAUAAGAUGUUUGGAGCCUGGCUGGGGGAGCUUGAUAAACUCACACAGAGUCUCGACGAUGGUCGCCCCGAACCCCCUCCUCAGCAGAAAGCCCCCCUCAGACAGGAGACCAACAUGGCCAACUUCUCCUACCGAUUCUCCAUCUACAACAUCAACGAGGCUUUAAAUCAGGGGGAGAACGUAGAUCUGGACGCCCUGAUGGCUGACCUCUGUUCCAUAGAACAGGAGCUCACCACCGUCAACGCAAAGCCACACGGUGCGAGCAGCAUGGCCCGUCUGGGCCUGACAGACACCAAGAUCCGGCAAAAGCCUCCUGCAGGUCGCAGUAGCCGGCAGCAGCCAGCAGGGGGCAGUGGUGGUGGGAGCAGUGGGGCCAGCAGUAGCAGCAGCAGCACCAGGGCUUCACCUGCUGGUACCAUUAGAGCUGCCCCAGGGCAUCAUGGGAGGCCACCACUGGCUUCAAACUUUAGUCUGGAUGACAUCACAGCUCAGCUGGAGAAGGCGUCCCUCAGCAUGGACGAAGCUGCCCGUCAAACUUCCUCUCACUCGCUAAGCUCCGCCUCCUCUUCGGCUUCUGUCAGACGCCCUGGCUCCUCCCAACGGCAACAUCGACGGACCGGAUCAGUGGGCACUGUCAGCGAACAUGAGGUCCGCACCAUCGUCCACUCCUCGCGCUCCUCCAUCACCUCCGCGUCUGGGAUUUCUGUGAACUCCGCCUCGUCCAUGGACUCACUGGACAGCGUCCUCCGUUCCGAAGAGUCUGAGAACCAUCAGACUGUGGCUGCACCUCCUGCAGGGGGAGCUGGUCCAGGUCAUGCAGAGCACUCGUACCUGGACAAAGAGACCUCUCUGAUUCUGAGAAACAUUGCAGGGAAACCUUCACACCUGCUGACUAAGGAGGAGCAAGCGGCCAAGAUGAAGGCGGAUAACAUCCGGGUGGCGCUGGAGAAGAUCAAGGAGGCCCAGGUGAAAAAGCUGGUGAUUCGUGUCCAUUUGUCGGAUGAGAGCUCCAAGACGAUGAUGGUGGACGAGAGGCAAACUGUCAGACAGGUUCUGGACAGUUUGCUGGAGAAGUCUCACUGUGGUUACAGUCCAGACUGGUCGCUGGUGGAAACCAUUAGUGAACUACAGAUGGAACGGAUCUUUGAGGAUCACGAAAACCUGGUGGAGAACCUUCUCAACUGGACCAGAGACAGUCAGAACCGUCUGAUGUUCACAGAGAGGAUCGAGAAGUACGCCCUGUUCAAAAACCCACAGAACUAUCUUCUUGGCCGGAAGGAGACUUGUGAGAUGGCAGAGAGGAAUAAAGAAGCUCUUCUAGAGGAAUGUUUUGGUGGCAGCUCUGUGUCCGUGCCAGAAAUGGAAGGAGUUUUGUGGCUGAAAGAGGACGGAAAAAAAUCGUGGAAGAAACGCUACUUCCUCCUGAGAGCGUCUGGAAUUUACUAUGUGCCAAAAGGCAAAGCCAAGGCGUCCAGAGACCUGGUGUGCUUCCUCCAGCUGGACCACGUGAACGUCUACCUCGGGCAGGACUACAAGAGCAAGUACAAGGCUCCAACUGACUUCUGCAUGGUGCUGAAGCAUCCCCAGAUCCAAAAGAAGUCCCAGUACAUCAAGUACCUCUGUUGUGACGACAUCAGAACCCUCCAGCAGUGGAUCAACAGUAUUCGAAUUGCAAAGUACGGGAAGCAGCUCUACAUCAACUUCCAGGAAGCAAUGAGACGGACCGAAGCAGCGUACGAUUGGGCAUCUCUGUCCUCGUCUUCGAUAAAGUCAGGAUCCAGUUCCUCCAGUCUUCCAGAGUCCCAGUCCAACCACUCCAGCCAGUCUGACAGCGGUGUGUCGGAGAUGGCGUCAUCGGGCCACACGCGCUCCCAGAGCGUCGUCAGCUCCAUAUUCUCUGACGCCUGGAGGAGAGGAACGCAAGGAGAGAUGAUGAGGAUCGACCCUAUCAGUAAGCCCAUUCCUCUCCAGAUCCCCACCCUCUCCUCGCAGCACCAUCCCAUCUCCCAACCACAGACCCCGCCCUGUCGGACCAGCUUCACCGAGGAGCUGCUUCCGUCGGAGGAGUCGUCGCCUUCGCCUCCGUCGCCACCGCCCCCGCCGCCCCCACCACCCGUGGAAACCGUGGCUCACCAGUCCGCGUCUAUCCCCACCUCGUAUGUCAAGUACAGCACACUGGCUCGUCUUCAGAACCCCAGUCAGACCAGGAUGCCCCAGUCAGGAGCCACGUCGCCUGGGGAGCCAGUUCCGUCGGCCAAAUCAAACUACAACACCCUCCCCGCUGCUUAUAGCACCUCGCCUCCUCUCCCGCCCUCUCCUCCUCCUCCCCCGCCUCCCUCAGAACCGACGCCCGGGUCUGCUAUGGCUGCAUUAAAAUUUGGUCUACCCAGUCCCUCAAAUCUCCCACCUCCACCACCAUUAGAUGAGAUAGACUCCAGUCUCCCACCGCCACCACCUGAGAGCAUGGUGACCAACGGGCUGCCCCCUCCCCCUGAGCCGGUCACCGACUCCACAAAUCAGCUCUCCAACGCUGGCCUACAGCAGUUCCUGGCACAGAAGUUCCCCAACAUGGUGUAUGACUUUAACCCAGCUGUGUCCCCGCCGCCUCCUCCCCCCACAGAGAUUUCACCUCCUUCGUCCUUGCAAAUUCCACCACCAUCUCAAAAUGCACCUCCUCCUGCGCCGCCUAAAACCUUCACCGGGGGGUUUCCGCCUCAAACUGCUCCUAAACCAUCAGGACCCACUUCCCUGCCUGUCGCACUCUCACCCGUGUCCCCGACGCCCCAAAACGGCAUCCAUGGUCCAGUGAAAAAGCAGCAGAGCUUUUCAACUGGCCAUUCCCCAAAUCAGCCGCCACCCACUCUACCAAAGCAGCACAGCCUAUCCUCCAAAAACCUCUCCAUCUCCCCGUCAGCCUCCUCCACUUCAGUCUCCAUUGCUGCUGCUACCUCUUCCCUGGUCAAGCAGAUUGUAAACCAGUUCCCUGGAAACGCUGCUGCCUCCACCAUCCCAUCCUCCAACUCCAUGGAGGGAUCCAAGUUCACCGCUCCCCCGUCUGUCCCUGCAGUCAAAGCCAAACCUAAAUGGCAGCCAGGAGGCAUCGUGGCUCCACAGUCUCCCGAGUUUCCUCCCCCUCCUCCCGAUAAUUCGGUAGGCGACUUUCCCCCUCCUCCCUCAUCCAAGUCAGGAUCCCCCAUUAAGAAAUCCCCUUCAUCCUCGUCCACCGGCUCCAUCAAGCGAGGACCUCCACCAGCCCCUCAGAGAGCCUCCUCAAUUCGCUCCAACUCAUCGGCUGAGGGUCAAGACGAGAGGCCGAAGAAAGUCGAAAGCCUUGUCAGUAAAUUUGGACAAGGUCCCCACACAGGAAACUCAUCCAGCUCCUCAUCCGCCACAGGAUCUCCUUCAAAGGACUCCUCCAAUCUUCCGACGCCGCUUCCAAAACCAGGAAAGCUCAACUUGGCAAACCUCCCGCUGGCACUCCAGGGCCUUCAAACCAGCCAGCAUCACCAACCUUCAGAGUUCACAUCACCCCCUCCGCCACCUCCCCCAUCGCAGCCUCUUCAGAUUGAAUCGUCCCCCGACUACUUCCCGCCGCCCCCAAGUGACUUUGAACUCUUCCCCCCUCCUCCUCAUCCAUCGGAGUUUCACAACCCACCGAAGGUAGCUGUGGUGAACCCCCAGCCUCAAAAGCAACCCCCCCAGCCGUCAGCCACCUCAUGGAAACAGGGAUCGUUGAAGAAGGGGGCUGUUCCGCCACCGACCUUGAAUCGGCGGACCAGCAACACGCCUCAGUUUGAUAAUACGAUUCCCAUCUCACCACCUCCGCUGUCUCAGACACCCCCUCCGUCCUUAUCUUCCUACUCCUCCUCUUCAUCCCCCAUCCCUCCGACAUCCCCCAAAUCAGCUGGGCCUGGCAACCUGGCACUUAAGACUCACUUCCUAGAAGACCUCAAUCGUACCCUCAAGAGGAAGUCCAUUUCUCGCCAUGGCUCACUCACUUCCUCCAACCUCUUUGGCUCCAAGAUGGAGCCCAUGACCACCAUGGAUGACAUGGCGCUUCUGCCCCCGCCUCCCCCCGAGCUCAUGCAGCAACAGCAGCAGCAGCAGUCCAUGCGUGGUCAUUCCCAGACUUUGUCUCGCCACCACACACACUCCCACUCCACCAAACAUGCCAACAUCUCAGGCUAUGCAACGCUGCGGAGAGGCCCACCUCCCGCUCCACCAAAACGGGACCAAAGCACGAAACUGACCAGUGAGUGGUAGUGGACAUGGACCCAGUGUGAACACCUAAGUACUUAUUCUCAUCAGUUAACUCUCAAUGUUCCUGCAGAGAGAAAAUAUUCAAUGUUAGUCUCGACUUGUGUGUCUCUCCCCUCAUACUGCAGAAGCAGUCAGGCUGAAUGGUUUCCUCAGACAUUUAAUGCCAUUAUGACCGCAAUCCAGGACACUUCUCUGCUGUGUUUGCUUAUUUCAACCACUUGUUUGAGGUCCUCAUUAGUCCAAGAAGCUGGUGUUGCUGUCUUCUCUUGGCUGCAAACAUUCACUGUGACUGAAAACAGGAGAUUGGAAAGCUUGUCCAUAGAGUUGCUGUACCUUUUCUGUCAGGCUUUUGCUACUUAAAGUCCCCAACUUUCUCUCUUUCACUUCCAGUUUGAAGUACUGCCUCUGUUUAUCAGUUGUAAAACGCUCCGUACUGUUCAACGGUUCAACACUCGCUGUAUGUCCAGGCUUAGGUCAGGCGAUAGAUUAGGACUAUUUACCGGAGUAUUCUGAUUGAAGUACCUCUAUGUUUUCCUCUAUAAACAGAACUGACAUCAUCUAUUCAAUACCACAGAAACCCCCAAUGACUGGUUCCUUCUUUUGUAACAUGCUGUUUACAAACUACCAACCCUUGUGGCAAUAUAUUGUUGAAAGAUAGAAGGCUUUAUGUUUCCAAGGAAAACUUGGUUGCACUGCUGAUACACUCAUUUCUGAUCUCGUCCUUCCUAGUCACUCCCAAUGAAAGCCUCAGUAUCUUCCGUGUCUGUCUUGAACCGUGCAUCAUGGCUGGUCCAGCUCCUCUCCUGUCCAUCUGUUCCACCUGCUCCACUCCUGUUGUAUCCAGCAUGUCUAACAGAAAUGUCUCUCCGGCCCCGACAAGUGGUUGAAAACUCAACGGUAGAAAGCCAGUUACAGCCUGACUGCAUCUCUUAACCAUCCUCACACGGACUGAGUCUCCUCCUCUCUGAUAAUGAUUGUUCCUAUUAUUAUCAUUAUUAGUAUCAUUACCAGUAUAUUAAGCCAAUGCUGAUUGAAAACAAAAAAAAAAUCAAGUAUACAUUCAUAUACAUGACAAUCUAUAUGAAUGUAUAUGUGUGUGUGUGUGUAUACAAGCAAGUCAGUAACGCCACCUAUCAAGCUUUUUAUGUGAGACGUCUUUGCAGCUUUGCAUCGGAAACUUUGAACGACGACUGAAACUUUUUUUUUGCUGCAACGGUACGGAGUGGUGACUGUCGCGUUACUGAUGAAGGGACGGCGGGAAUAAACGGAAGGAGACUGAUGGAAUGACGACGGAUAUGUAAAGAAAUCUAUGUUGCGGACUGAGGGGUUUUUGGGGCGCAAGGCAGUUUAUUUCAAACCUUUUUUUUGUGUGUGUGUUUUUAUAUAAGAUUAUUUAAUACUGGAAAGAUAAUGUUAUUAUAAUUAUUUUAAGUUUAAAAUAAACAUUAGACCCGAGUGUUGAACAGCUCAUCUGCUUCUCCCAAAGACCCGUUUGUGUCUGACGGAGAUGAUUUAUUUUUUAACUUUGCACUUCAUUUCUGAUUUUAUAGCUCUCUGGUCUUGUUUCACUUCGACUGCUCUGUACAGUAUGAGAUGGCUCCUUUUAAUAGAUGACAUUCUAGAACACAGACUCUGCCGUCAUCAGUUAGUAUUUUGUACAUGUCAUCAACAUUUGGCUCAAGUUUUGGCUGCAUUAAACAAAUCCUGAGGAACA